UAGCAGACAGUUUGGAAUCACAGCUCAGAGAUGGAGGGCUUGUAUACAGAGGGCCCUAACAUUCAUGAGCUGAACACAGAGAUUGGGGACCUCCUGCUCCAAAUCCACAAAGUGACAACUGGACUGGGUCUAAGGAUCAAACAGAAAGUCGUGCACACUGCCAGUAUCCUGUGUAUGCUUCAGCUGUUGAUACUUCUGGCCAUUUUUCUCUAUGUCAGUUUCUAUUAUUCUUUCAUGCCCACCGCAAUCUUCGUCACUCCUGUGCACUUCCAUUACAGAACACUCUCAGAUUCUGUCUGCUCCUUUCCUGUGGCCAACUUCUCACUGCUAACAAACUGCCAGAAACAGGUGAUGACACCUGGUCAGCCCUAUCAGAUUACACUGGACCUGGAAAUGCCAGAGUCUCCAACCAACAUGGAACUGGGGAUGUUCCUGGUGAAGAUGUCAUGUUACUCCCAUGAAGGACAGACUGUUCACACUUCAAUGCAAACUACUAUGCUUCACUAUCGCUCAUACCUGCUGCAGACUCUGGAGACUCUGAUGUUUCUUCCUUUGAUGCUGAUGGGAGUAAUUGAGCAGAAGCAGCAUGUCCCGGUCGAGCUUUACUCUUCUUAUAUAGACAGCUCAUAUAAGCCUACUGUUGGAGCUAUUAUAGAAAUCCACUCUCACCAAGUUCAGAUUUACAAAGCCCAGCUCUACAUUUAUGCUCACUUCCGUGGCAUCAGGUAUGUCCUCUAUCACUUCCCCUUCACAUCAGCUGUGGUGGGAGUGGUGAGUAACUUCAUGUUCCUCAGUGUGAUCAUCCUCAUUGGCUUUGUGCAGGACAGCAGCUUGUGGCCACAUCUACAUUUUGGAAAAUGGAAUAACCCUAGAGAGACGAGAGAAGAUAUACUAGAAGAUACAUAUCAGGGUGAGAGGAACACAUGCUCUGAGGAAAACUGCACAGGCACAAAGACAUGUUUGUUGGAUCCAUCUGAAAUAAGAUCAAGUGACAUCAUGGAUUCCAGUUCUGACAAGAUGGAAGAGACCAUUUUUGACACAGAAGUGAAGGAGAUGGUUAAGACAAAUUACCUAGAAGAUCUUCAUGAUUAACAGGUUUUAUUUGAGGAAGCGGAUGGACAGAUUGAUUUGAAACAUAGAUGUGUGCUUGAUGGAUUGUCAGUUUAAGCUCCUAAAACCGAACAGGUGGAGAGGUUUCAAUAAUAUGAGUUAAGAUUAUGAGCAGCAAAAGGAAAAUCAAGCUGAAGUUUCAUAGUGUGAGUUUCAGUCAUGAAAAAAACUGGGCCUCAUUUAUCAAGCUGGAUAUGAGUGAAUUUAUUUGUAAAUCGUCCAUAGGAGUAUUUACAGAAGAAAUUUGGUAUUCAUAAAAAUCCUAUUAGCUCCUAAG